AUAGCAGAGCGGAGGCAACGGGCUCUCAGCGCGAAACGUCUGAGUCGAGGAGUGGAAGGAAGGCACCGUUCUCCUGAGCAUCUUUGUGCCGUCCUGUUAAACAUAUAGAUAUGGCAAAGGAGGGAGCGGAUAUUACAGAAGAAACGGAACAUAUGAUAGAGAAGAAUGGUGGAAAAGAACAAGAAAGUGUGUUGUCUGCGGGGGACACCAAAGAAAUGCGGGCGGUGGUUUUGACUGGUUUCGGGGGUCUCAACAAACUCCGGGUAACCAAGAAAGCAAUGCCUGAGCCGCAGGAGGGGGAAGUCAAAAUACGUGUUAAAGCAUGCGGUUUGAACUUCCUGGACUUGAUGGUACGACAGGGAAACAUUGACAAUCCACCCAAAACUCCUCUUGUCCCUGGCUUUGAAUGUGCUGGAAUAGUAGAAGCAAUGGGAGACAACACAAAAGGGUUUGAGAUAGGGGACCGGGUAAUGGCCUUUGUGAAUUACAAUGCGUGGGCUGAGGUGGUGUGCACGUCUCUGGAUUUUGUCUACAAGAUCCCGGAUGACAUGACGUUUCCUGAGGCGGCCGCCUUCUCCAUGAACUUUGUGGCUGCCUACAUGAUGUUGUUCGAGGUCGCCAACCUCCGAGAGGGCAUGUCGGUAUUGGUUCACUCGGCAGGAGGGGGUGUGGGACAAGCUGUUGCUCAGCUCUGCUCCACUGUGCCAAACGUCACUGUUUUUGGAACAGCUUCACCUUUCAAACACGAAGCCAUCAAAGACUCUGUGACUCACCUCUUCGACAGAAACGCUGAUUACGUUCAAGAAGUAAAAAAGAUAUCCCCAGAAGGAGUGGACAUCGUGCUGGACUGUUUGUGCGGAGAGAACACCGGGAAGGGCUUGGGCCUCCUCAGACCCCUGGGAACGUACAUCCUGUACGGUUCGUCAAACAUGGUGACGGGAGAGACAAAAAGCUUCUUCAGCUUCGCUAAAUCCUGGUGGCAAGUGGAGAAGGUGAACCCCAUCAAGCUCUACGAGGAGAACAAGGUCAUCGCGGGAUUCUCGCUGCUGAACCUGCUCUUCAAACAAGGUCGAAGUGGCACGGUCAAGACGGUGGUGCAGAAGCUCAUCUCCCUCUAUGAGCAGAAAAAGAUCAAGCCUGUGGUGGACUCGCUAUGGGCUCUGGAAGAGGUGAAAGAGGCCAUGCAGAGAAUUCAUGACCGAGGCAACAUCGGAAAACUCAUCCUGGAUGUGGAGAAGUCCCCAACUCCCUUGAUGGCCAACGACAGCACGGAGACCAGCGAGGCGGGAGAGGAGGAAGAGGAGCACGAAGGUGACAAUGACAACAAGGAGCGCAUGCCCUUCAUCCAGUAAGGGUGGGGCUCGACCAUCCAUCCCAGCCACGGGGACGAGGG